CAGUACGCACGAUUCGUCCCGGUGGUACGCGUAAACUGUUAACUGUUAAUACUGUUUAUAUAUUUAGUUAUAGAUUGCAUUCACACGGCUCAGUCGAAUAAUUUAAUAAAUCGUCACAAUAAAUUACAAUAAUUAUUAAUAAUCGUUACCGAAUAUCGUUCGGCCCGUUAUGGUAAUCUUGUGAAUCCGCUGGACACCAUGCACAACAACAAGAUGAAUGAUAAAAUAUCGUUUUCGUUCAACUCCGGUGGACGGUCUUCGUCGUCCCGGUCAGUAGCCAUACCUCCACCAGCCAACAGCGGACUCAGCAAGCAGGGCUACUCCACUUUGAACGCCAUAAACCAUUCGGCAAUCUCAAACACAUGGGGUGUGCCGAAGAAACGAGCAAAAACCGAAGAAGAGUAUUUCGAAGACGAAGAUGAACAGCAACAGCCUCAACUCGAGUACAUUCCUGCACCCGAUAGCCCAUCUAAUAAAAAAUCUGACUGCGAUUCUGAUUCAUCUGAGGACCCAUUAGAUGCUUUCAUGGAAGGAUUAGAAAAAGAAGUAAAAAAAGCAAAAACCACUGGAAAAAAAGAAAAAAAGGAAGAUGAAAAAGGUAUUAGACAAGAUAUCGAAGAAGAAGACAUAGAAGAAUCAUACUACAGGUAUAUGGAAGAAAAUCCAACAGCGGGUCUCGUUGAUGAAACUUCAGACAUAGAAAUUGAUUAUGAUGAAGAUGGUAAUCCCAUAGCACCACCAAAGAAAAAAGAAAUAGACCCAUUACCUCCCAUUGAUCAUUCUUUAAUCAAAUACAAAAGCUUUGAAAAGAACUUUUACUCUCCACACAAUGAAAUAUCAUCUUUAACUGUGGAUAAAGUUAUUCAAUUACGUAAGACUCUUGGUCUCCGAGUAAAUGGAGCCGAUUUACCUUAUCCAGUCACAUCAUUUGCUCAUUUUAAUUUUGAUGAUGCCCUAAUGAAAAUUAUUCGCAAGUCUGACUAUGUUCAACCCACACCGAUUCAAAGUCAAGCAGUUCCUGCUGCACUUGCUGGGCGUGAUAUAAUUGGUAUUGCCAAAACUGGUAGUGGUAAAACGUUAGCGUUCAUAUGGCCAAUGUUGGUUCACAUAAUGGAUCAACCAGAACUAAAAGAAGGUGAUGGUCCAGUUGGUUUGAUAUUGGCACCUACCAGAGAAUUAUCUCAACAAAUCUAUGUAGAAGCAAAAAAAUUUGGAAAAAUCUAUAACCUGAGAGUAGUGUGUUGUUAUGGUGGAGGUUCAAAGUGGGAACAAUCAAAGGCACUUGAAGGAGGUGCCGAAAUCAUAGUAGGUACUCCUGGCAGAGUAAUCGAUCUAGUAAAAAUGUCUGCAACCAACUUAACUAGAGUAACGUUCCUUGUACUUGAUGAAGCUGAUAGAAUGUUCAAUAUGGGUUUUGAACCUCAAGUGCGUUCCAUUUGUGACCACGUGAGACCAGAUCGCCAAACAUUGUUGUUUUCUGCCACAUUUAAAAAAAAAAUUGAAAAGUUGGCACGCGACAUUCUUACUGAUCCUAUAAGAAUUGUUCAAGGGGAUGUUGGUGAAGCAAACACUGAUGUAGCACAAAUUAUGUUGGUGAUGCCACAGAGUGACAAGUGCCAAUGGCUGUUGGAUAAUAUAGUUCAAUUUACAUCAACUGGAUCUAUUCUCGUAUUCGUUACUAAAAAAUUGGAUGCAGAACAACUAGCCAGUACAUUGAGUCUAAAGGAGUAUGAAGUGUUGCUGUUACACGGUGACAUGGACCAAGCAGAAAGGAACAAAGUAAUAACAAAAUUCAAAAAACAAGAAGUCAACAUUAUGGUAGCCACAGAUGUUGCUGCUAGAGGUCUAGAUAUAGCUCAUAUCAGAACAGUUGUUAAUUAUGACAUAGCUAGAGAUAUUGACACACAUACACAUCGUAUUGGAAGAACUGGUCGAGCUGGAGAAAAAGGUACAGCAUUUACUCUAGUUACACCAAAAGACCAUGAAUUUGCUGGUCACUUGGUACGAAGUCUUGAAGGUGUGGGGCAGGAAGUUCCCAAACCACUUAUAGAUCUUGCCAUGCAGAGCUCUUGGUUCAGAAAAAGUCGUUUCAAAGGCGGAAAGGGUAAAUCAGUAACUGCCGGGGGUGCUGGACUGGGAUAUCGAGAUCCGUCAGGUUCCAAUAAUUUUUCGGCAUCGAGUUCGUAUCAGUGUCCAAAACCUGCAGCUGCAGUACUCCCAGCAUCAAAAGGUGGUCCUGGAGCAGGAAGACUGUUGGCACUAAAAGAAGCAUUUAAAAUGCAAUACCAAAACCAAUUUAAAGCCAGUGAAGAUCACACUUGGGAACAAACAGUCGGAUCAAGUUCAUCAGUAAAAGUACAUACUGGUCCAUUAAAAGAAAGAAAAGCCAAAAAAAACCGAUGGGACAACUGAAAAAUGUAUUUAUAAGUAACAAUACUUAGAUUUUGUUGGAGCUUAAGCCUAUUUAACUAUUUAAAUCAUAAGACUUUAAUAACGACUUUAGUAGUUGUUUUAAUAAUAAAAAAUUUAAUUUAAUUUUUCAAAAAAUAAAAAUCCAUUUAUCAAUGA